AUGUCCAGGAUAAAUAACAACAACAACAACAACAACAACAGCAACAACAAUAAUAAUGACAAAUCAUCUAUACUAUCCAAUAUCACCACUACCAACACUACUACUGGUACUAGCACAACUAAUACUACAUCGGUUCCCUCAAUUAAAACAAAGAGAGGAUUAUCAUAUAUAUUAGGAGAUUCCAAUUCAAAUGAAAACCAUAUUCUACCCAUCAAUUCUAUUCAAUAUUCCUCAUUAAAUAAUCAAUUAUAUACUGCUGGUAGAGAUGGGAAUGUUAAAAUAUGGCAACCAUAUAAUUCUCAAUCAUAUUCCAAUCACCAUAGCACAAACAGUAGUCAAGAUGAUCUAUUUUCCGAUUGCUUAGAUCUUGAUGAGAAAUUAUUACGUUUAGAAACUUCAAUAUCUUCUAAUCCAUUACCAUACAAUUACGACGGCAAUACAAGUUCUUCCAAUUUCAAUAUUGUUGAAAAUUAUAAUUUGCAUUUUGAUUGGAUUAAUGAUAUACAAUUGAUUAAUAAUGAUCAAAACUUAAUUUCAUGUUCAUCCGAUUUAUCUAUAAAGAUAAUUGAUUUGCCUACACAACAUGACAACGAAUUAUUUAAUAAUAGUCAUACCAAGGGAACCAAUAUUCAUAAAUUACCCAAUAUUCAUACCGAUUAUAUUAAAAAAUUAUCACCUUUUAUCACGAAACCAACCAUUGUUAGUGGUGGGCUUGAUGGUAAAAUUAUUGUGUGGGAUUUAAACGAAUUGAAACCCAUCCAAUUAAUUGAAAAUAAAGCAAAUGGAGUAUUAUCACCGUCAAUUUAUUCAUUAGCAAAUAACCAUAGUAAUAUAAUUAGUACAGGUGGUCCCAACAAUACAGUCAAUAUAUUUGAUCAACGUGCUAAUAAUCCUUUCAUUCGUAAUUUAAUUGGUCAUCAAGAUAAUAUUCGAUGUUUACUUAUGAAUGAUCAAUUUAUAUUGAGUGGGUCUUCUGAUACCACAAUCAAAUUAUGGGAUUUAAGAACAUUUAAAGUAUACAAGAAUUUUGAUAUUCAUGAUGAUUCAAUAUGGUCAUUAUAUUCACAAUCAACUAGUCAUGAUUCAUUUAAAACGUUUUAUUCGGGUGAUAAAAGUGGUAAUAUUAUUAAAACUGAUUUAUCAAGAGUUUCAAUUUUCAAUAAGAAUAAACUUUCUUCUAAUAGAGAUGAAUUUGGAUUUAAUAAUUAUGAAAAUAAUUUUAUUGAUGAAAAAUUGGGGAUAUCAACUUUAAUUGCUAAAAGUACAUCACCCAUAUUAUCAAUUUGUCAUGAAUCAGAACAAGAUACAGUAUUUGCCACAAAUAUGGAAUCUAUGGUUCGAUAUAUUAAUCCUGAUACUUGUCAAUUAUCUCAAUAUCAAUAUCUUCGACAAUGUUUAGAUUAUUCAUACAACACUCACAAUGGUAACAGCAAUAAUAAUAAUAAUAAUAAUAAUAACGAUAACACUGACGAGUUGUUACUUCAUGAUGGUCAAUCAAAUCCUCCUACUGAAGACUUGAAUUCAGAUUUUUAUGAUUUGAUCAGUCAUUUGUCAAUGGAUACACAUCCUAACAACAAUAAUAAUAAUAAUAUUGAUUUACAAAGUACACUUUCUCAUGGCAAUAACCAACCAUAUCGUCAUUUUUCAAACACCACAAGGCCAAUUUCAUUAGAUGCAAAAGCUAGUGGGUUUGAUGAUGGUGAUGAUAAUAAUGAUGAUGAUGAUGAUGACGAAAAUGAAAAUGAAAAUGAAAAUAUUUUGUCCAGGGAAGAGUUUGAUUCGAUGUUUUUAAACGUCAAUGGAGUUGUAUCGAGUGAAUUCAUUAAUGCUUUUAAAGAUGAUACCAAUCCAUUAAUGGUGAAAUUACAAACUGAUAAUAGUGAUAACCACAAUACAACCAUUGAUUUAACUCCAAUAGAAAUUUUAUUGAAUCCUAUACCGAUUGAACAAAUAACUUUGAUUCCAUUCAAUAUAUCACCUAUUGAAAAAUAUGAUUUAGUACCGAAAAGUAUUGUUGCGAAAAAAAUGUUUAAUAAUCGACGUCAAAUCAUGGUACUUUAUUUAAAUGGGAAUAUUAAAAUUUGGGAUUUGGUGAUAUUCAAGAUUAUAAAAAUUUUCCCAUAUCAACAACAAAAACAAGACAUACCAUUGUCACAAAAAUUAUUAACAAAUAAAGAAUUAGACAAUCGAAUUAAAGAAAUGGAAGAUUUAUUUGAACAAUAUCAAACUUCUGAUACUUUAAAUAAUUGGUGUGAAGUUGAAAUUAAAUCAGGGAAAUUAUUAGUCACGAUAAAAGAAUCCUCUUAUUUAAAUGUUGAAAUAUAUUAUGAUGAAUUAAUAACCCUGUAUCCAUUUUUAGAUAUUAAUCAUAGUGAUAAUUCUUCAAGAUUUAUUGGUAAAACUAAACCAAAAGUUAAUAAUGAUGAUAGAUUUUAUCUUGGUAUUAUUAUGUUAAAUUCGAUUUUUAAAAGUUAUGCAUUGUAUGAACAAGAAUUUGAUUUUAUAUUAAGAGAAGAAUUGAAAAAUCUUAAACAAUGUAAUAAUCCAUCUAUUUCAACUAAUGGAGGAGGAAAUAAUAAAAUGUUGAAAUAUUUUGGUAAAAGAUCAUCAUUAAUGAAAAAUUCCACUUCAUCAAAUCAAUCAUCACCAGUUAAUUCAACCAAUACUAGUAUUAUUGAUGUUCCAAUUGAAAAAUCAUCUAGUAAUAUAGGUGAUAAUUCUUUCAAUAAUGGUACAUCAAGUCUAUAUACAGCAGUCAAUGAAUUUAUUAAUACACCAGAAGAAGUUUAUGAACAAUCAGUUAAUUUUGAUUAUGGUGAUACUAUAAUGAAAUUAUUACAAAUUAAUAAGAAAAUAUAUUGGGAUAAAUAUAAUGUCCCGGUGAAUAUGACUAAAGGGAAAGUAUUAGAAUCAAUUUUAGGAGUUGAUGAAAUAAUUACAUCGAUAUCAAAAGCCAAUAAAGAAAAUAAUAACAAUAACAAUAACAACAAUGGAGUGGCAGAUUUAAGAUAUUAUCCAAUAAUUCGUGGUGAUAUUCAUUUCCCUAAAGAUUUAUUGAUUACUAUAUUUGAAUAUUCAUCAGAUUUAGGAAAUUAUCGUGAUUUAUUUUCAUUUCAAUAUCAAGAUUUAAUGAAUUUGAUGAUUAUUAAUAACAACAACAACAUCAACACUAAUAAUACUGAUUCAUCAAAUUCUUCAUUACAAUUAAUUCAAGAUUUACGAUUAAUGGUACCAAAAUGGAUUGGUCAACCAAUUUUAUUUAAUAAACAUCCUAUAAAAGAAUCUCCUAAAAUAACAUUUCAAUUAAUUGAAGUUGAUUAUAAUCAAUUACCUUCAAAUUUAAAAAUUGGUGGUAAAUCAAAUAAAAAAAUUAAAAAAUUACCUGAAUUAGAAUCAUCAAUUAAAUUAACUUCACAUAAUAUGUUAAGAGUACUGAAAAUUUUAAAUUAUUUAGUUGAAAAAUUUGCCAAUUCUACUAAAGAAAUGAAAGAUAAAAAUUUAAUUCCUAAUGAUUGGUUAGUAUUACAAUGUAAAGGACAAGAAUUAAAUCAUGAUUUAACUUUACAAACUAUAAAAACAAAAAUUUGGAAAAGUAGUAGUGAUAUUGAAUUACAAUUUAGACGUAAAUUUGAUAAAUAA